UGCAAUGCGACUCCCCCGCCUUUGCAAAGCGGCGAGGCUGGCAAGGGAGGAGCAACCCUUAUUUUUUUCAUUGGGGACCCCCAAAGCCCCCCCCCUUGCUUUGAUCCCCCCAUCGGUCCCUUCCAGCGUCUCGCGAAGCCUCCCCUCCUCCUCCUCCUCCUCCACUUCCUUGCUUGGCUGCUACUUUGUUUAAAUUUUGCUUUUCUUUUUCUCCUUGGGUGGCUACAGAGUUUCCUUCCUUCCUUCCUUUGUUUUCUUUCCUUCCCAUCCCCUCUUUUCUCCCCCCCCACCCCAAUCCUGGCUUCCCUAUAACGCCCCUGCGCUGCGGUGUAUCCUCCCCUCCCAUAGAUGUCCCUGCAGAAAGGGGAGAGGCUGGGCAGAAUAAACCCCAGCUAGGUUGUAUUUUAUUUAUUUAUUUUUUUAAAAAAGUGGGGGGUGCUUUUUUCCCUCCUCUGCCAGGCUGGGAUCCACUCCUCCCAGUCUUGGCCUCACCCGGGGGGGGGGCGGGAGGGGUGGUGGCAGGAGGAAAGGGAGGAGAAAGACAGGCUGACCGGCAGAAAAGAAAAAAAAACCCAAGAUUUAUGCCCAGAAGGAUCGGAGGAGGAAAACCCAGGCUCAGAGCUGGCUGGCUGUUAAAAUUUCUGCAUUUUCCACAAAUACAAACCACACUCUCGACUUUGGGCCAUGAAGCUGGAGAAAAGAAGAUUUCUUGGACAUCCGUUUGCACAAGAUACCCAGAGCUGACCAAAGCAAAAUAGGACUCACCUCCACGCUCUUGGCUGAGCUUCAAGGACAAAAACAAACAAACACACAAAGGUCAAUAAAACACAGAAUUUCCCUUCUACUAAUCCGUUAAAAAUUAAUGCCCUGAAAAAGACACUGGGAUUUUGUGUAUGUGUGUGUGCAUGUUUUGUUUUCUAUAUAUAUAUAUUUUAAAAAAGAAAAGCUUUAAAAUAUCACCCAUAGAGAAACGCAUCGCCUUUUUAAUGCUUUUUUAAAAAUUUCACAAGCAUCCAUUUCUUUUAUUGUAAGGACAGCUUUGAUAUUUUUUUUUCUUAAAAAGAAAAGCAUUUUGUAUUCCUUUUUCUGGGAUAAGAAAGAGAUUUCCUUUUCUUUUCUUUUUUGGAAGAAGAGUUUUUGUCUGUUGAGCCUUAUCCAGAUCUGGCACAGAUGAAAACUUGUAAGCGGAGGUCACGAGAGCCACAACCUCCCCUUCCCCCAGAUUUUAAAUAAUUGAGUGUAAAAUCCGGGAGAAAAAUGGCAGUAUUGAAUGUUCAAUGACCCUCCCAGGAACUGGCAAGUAAAAAAACAAAAAACAAAAAACAAACCAAAUAAAUUAAUAGACUUUUUGAGGAAUUUGCAUCCAAUGUUCAUCAGUGCCUAACCAAAGGAGAAAAGACUCAGCCAAUAAAACCUCGUGCCAUGUAAAGUUUUUAUAAAAGGGUUGUCUGCUUAUAGCAAAGAUCAGGAAGGAAUCUAUCGGGAAGGAACACAGCACCCAGAUUCCCUUUUCGGUGAAGUUUCUGCAUUUUUUGGCUGUUGGGAAAGAAAAAUACAACUAUUGUUCCCGCAAUUGAUUACAAAGCACUUGCUUUUAAAGUCGGUGAAGAGGCUUGUCCCAAAAAGACAACCCCCUUUGGAAAAACCUCGAAUUUAUUUGAGACAAAUUGAGAAUUCAGAAGCCAAAGGACGAUUCUUCUGGAUGGAGACCCAAGUGCCAGCCGCAGGGGAAGCAGCUCGGGGGGAGACGGAGCCCACUGAAUCUGGCCUCCCCCAGCCCACGGAGGCUGGCGUGGGUAGCGAGGAGGUGGUUUCUUCUGCUCUCCCUCCAGGGGCUGCAGAAGAGACCCCACCCCACCUCGCCAAGGACGGCGGCCAAAGCGUCACGCAGAAAGACGACGGGUGGCUUUCUUCUGUAGAAGCUGCUGAAGGGCGGCAAAAGGAGGGACCCCCGUCCCCAAGCGAGGAGGCCUCCCCUCUGCCAGCCUCUCCGGUGCCCGCCAGCUGCAGCCCGGCGGAGGAUGCCCCCAAGCCACGCCCGUCUCCAGCCAGCCAGCCCAAGCCACCGGAUUUUUACUGCGUGAAAUGGAUCACUUGGAAGGGCGAGAGGACGCCGGUCAUUAUGCAGAGCGAGAAUGGUCCCUGUCCACUGCUGGCCAUCAUGAACAUUCUCUUUCUGCAGUGGAAGGUAAAGCUGCCUGCCCAGAAGGAAGUGGUCACCUCGGAUGAGCUGAUGGCUUACCUCGGGGAUUGCAUCCUGUCCAUCAAGCCCCAGGACCAAGCUGAGGCCGUCCAGCUCAACUUCCAGCAGAACGUCAAUGACGCCAUGAUGGUCCUUUCCAAGCUCUCCACGGGGCUGGACGUCAACGUGAGGUUCACGGGGGUCUCGGACUUCGAAUACACCCCCGAGUGCAUUGUUUUUGAUCUCCUGAAUGUCCCCCUUUAUCACGGAUGGCUGGUGGAUCCCCAGAUUCCCGAGGUGGCUGGAGCCGUCAGCAAACUGAGCUACAACCAGCUGGUGGAAAAAAUUAUCACUUGUAAACACUCCAGCGACCCAAACCUGGUGACCGAAGGCCUGAUCGCAGAACAGUUUUUGGAGUCUACGGCAUCGCAGCUCACCUACCACGGGCUGUGCGAGCUCACGUCCACGGUCAAAGAAGGCGAACUGAGCGUUUUCUUCCGAAACAACCACUUUAGUGCCAUGAUCAAGCACAAGAGCCACCUCUACCUGCUGGUGACAGACCAGGGUUUCCUGAACGAAGACCAGGUCACCUGGGAAAGUCUGCACAACGUGGACGGAGACAGCUGCUUCUGCGACGCCGAGUUCCACCUGAGCCACACGCUGGGCAAGGAGGCAGCAGGGGGCUCCCCGGUCGACCAGAGGCAGGUGGAUCAGGACUACAUGAUUGCCUUGUCCCUCCAACGCCAGCAAGGGGGUCCCGCCAUGAGCGACCUGGAGCUGGCGCAGCAGCUGCAGCAAGAGGAAUACCAGCAGCCCCCACCGCCCAGCCCCUUGCCCUCCCCGGCACAGGGGAGAAGCCCCCCGGCCCCCCGGCCCGCCGGAGAACAACGCAGGCAGCGGCAGAAGGCGGACACAGAUUGCAUCGUCCUUUGAGGCCAGCCUGUGGGAGUCCCACGAGCCCCCCCACUUUCCUUCCAGGGCCUGCGACUGAGAAGGACCCCUCCCCUCUCAAUUUGCUAUGUGGGCACUUCGGAUAGGGGCUCUCCUGCAACACUAAAAAUGCUUCAGAAGUGGGGGGAAACAGCUCUGUUUUGGAAAAAAACAAACCACACUGGGGGGGGGGGAACUCCCCAGAUUGCAUUUGCUUCUCCCACCCAGGGGUGUCAACGUGGGAAGAGGGACAGAGAAGCGAAGAGGGGACUUAGCUUGGAUCCCCAUGGAGGCCACAUCAAUUUAUGGGAGGUUUCCCAUGUGAUUCUCGUCAUGGGGGACAGACAGUUUCUGCAGGUUGGAGAAACCGAGUCCCUGCCUGGAAGGGCCGAGCCUUCGGAAUUGGGGGGGGGGGGCGUUUCGCACCUCGCCAGCACCCCGGAUCGGGUUAUCGCCAAAGCCCUCGAGGGCCACGCACACACAGAUGAGGGACCGCUCCCAAAGUUACCACCGAAGCAAUCCAACCGGUGCGGUUUUCACCCGAUGGAAAAAUGGAUUUCUUUGCCAAAAGCACCUUUUGGGCUGGGUGGGCUUAAACUCUGGGUUUUUUUCCACCCCCCUCAAAGGCAGCCGAAGCGAGGCAGAAACGCCUCCGGGGAUGCAGCCCAAAUGAGCUCUCUCUCUUUCUUUUUCUCUCUCUGUUUCUCUCUCUGUCUUUCUUUUCCUCUCUCUCUGUCUUUCUUUUUCCUGGUUUUUGAGGGCUAUGACUGGACUAAAUUCUAAAAUUGCUUAAGCCUCCGUUUUGAGUCGAUUAAUCGAUUAAUCCUGCCUCUGUUUACAUUGGAAUAAAGCAGUCCUGACGGUGA